CUCUGCCAGUUGCCCGCCACUCGUCGCGGUGAUAACGUGCAGCCGCUCCGCUCUCCACUCCCAUCGCGACGUUGCCUUCGCCCUAACUGUUGUUCAACUCCACUUUAUUCAGUCGUCACCAGAGUGGAGUUGGAAUUUCCUUUACUCAGAACAACGCGAACAACCUAAGUGUCGCGAUAUUUUUUGAGUAUUAGAAUUUAAAGACAAAAUACGUAAUCUUAGGGUGAAAAAAAUUGGUGCAAGACGAGUGUGCGGAGAUACCGGGCCAGUUUUUAUCUUGGUGUGCACAUGACGUUGGCUCAGUUACAAGUAAACUCUCGUGCUGUGAACCUUCUUCCUUCUGUUUAUAACCGAUAACCAGACGAUUGUGAUAAGAUACGACGAGGUUAUGAUAAUGUAGUGUGUGAGGGUUGACGGAGCCUCCGCUGUUAGUGUCUCAGUGUCAUACCUGUCGAGCACACACACAUACACUCACACACGCACGCACACACACGCCACUGCCACCACCAUCAGCGCCGCCACAAGGUCAAGAUCACCGCCACCUCCUCGCCACCACCGCAGCACACUCACUCGCCACCACAGUGUCACCACCACCUGACACCUAAGUUGUCCUCUUCCUCGUUAACUUUCUGACUGAGGAAAGCCGAGUGAAAGGAAAAGUUAUCGUGGACGUGACCCGGUAACCGGCGUGACCUGACCCACAUAUUACGCUGCCCCAUUCACCCAUGGGCUGACUGGUGUACACUUGACCCAGACGAGCCUGGCAGCCAUUCAUAGUGAGAGUGGCAGUGAUGAGUGACCGCCCUCCUCACCUGAAGAUGGCACCAGCGGCGCCUCUCCGCCACCCCACGGGAUGUGCUUGCUUCUGAUGACCUUCGUCUCUAUCGUAUAUUGACCCUCAUCAACAUACAUAUAUAUUUUUCUGUUCCCAAGUGAGUUAUCAGACUGUGUACAGUGGGUAUCAGACUUGGUGACAAUCAGUCGAUAGUGACAAUAGCUCAAAGUUCCACACGUAUGGCCAAGGUGCUGACGACGGGUCGUGUCGGUGGAAUGUAUGUGUUGGGGUCUGGUGUCGCCACACUCAACCUCUCAGCCAUGGGGGACGAAAGCUGCUCCGAGGUGUCCAGUUCCUCGCCCCACACCAGCCCCGGGGCCCUCUCGCCCCCAGCACUCGUCAGCGUCGGCGUCAGCGUGGGUAUGAGCCCCCCGACCUCCCUUGCCUCCUCCGACAUCGGCGAGGUUGACCUGGACUUCUGGGACCUGGACCUCAACUCGCACAGUCCUCCUCACGGCAUGGCGGCGGCGGCCUCUACCACCACCUCCUCCGUCAACCCCAGGAGCCUCACCGCGCUCUCUGACACCUCCUCCUCUCCAGGUCGAGAUGACAUGUCCCCCUCCUCCCUUAACAACUACGGCACAGACUCCUACAGCGACCUCAAGAAGAAAAAAGGCCCCAUACCCCGCCAACAGGAGGAGCUGUGCCUGGUAUGUGGAGACAGGGCGUCCGGCUAUCAUUACAAUGCGUUAACCUGUGAAGGAUGCAAAGGUUUCUUCCGAAGAUCUAUCACCAAGAAUGCAGUCUACCAAUGUAAAUAUGGCAACAACUGUGAAAUGGACAUGUAUAUGAGACGCAAGUGUCAAGAAUGUCGUCUGAAGAAAUGUCUCAGUGUUGGCAUGCGACCAGAAUGUGUGGUGCCAGAGUCUCAAUGCCAAGUAAAACGUGAACAGAAAAAGGCCCGGGAUAAAGACAAAAAGGAUUAUCCCAGCAUUGGCUCCCCCAUAGCUGAGGAAAAGGCUAUCAUAAUUAAUCCAUGUAAACCCAAAGGAUCACCAACUGCUUCUGCUAUGCAGUUCAAAACUCUUGUGGGAAGCAGUAACAUCACUUUAAGUCCUAUGCCAACAAUGCCAAGGACUAAUAUUAAACCCUUGACUCGAGAGCAAGAAGAACUGAUCCAUACUCUAGUCUACUAUCAAGAGGAAUUUGAGCAGCCCUCUGAAGAAGACCUAAAGAAAAUCAAAGAUUACGAAAUAAGUGAUGACGACUCGGAUGCCAAGUUUAAACACAUCACAGACAUGACCAUCCUCACAGUGCAGCUGAUCGUAGAGUUCUCCAAGCGUCUGCCCGGGUUUGACACACUACUCAGGGAGGACCAGAUUACACUUCUAAAGGCCUGCUCUUCAGAGGUGAUGAUGCUACGAGCUGCUCGUCGUUAUGAUUCCAAAACCGACUCAAUUGUGUUUGGGAAUAAUUUUCCCUAUACACAACACUCAUAUGAGUUGGCAGGCCUUGGAGAAUCAGCCGGUACACUUUUCCGCUUUUGUCGCAAUUUGUGUAAGAUGAAGGUGGAUAAUGCUGAAUAUGCAUUACUAGCAGCUAUUGCCAUUUUCUCAGAGAGGCCUAAUCUAAAAGAACUCUCAAAGGUGGAGAAACUUCAAGAAAUAUACCUCGAAGCAUUGAAAUCUUAUGUGGAGAACCGACGAAUGCCACGGUCCGCCAUGGUGUUUGCAAAGUUGCUUAACAUUCUCACAGAAUUGCGAACCCUUGGAAACCUAAACUCAGAGGUGUGCUUCUCUCUCACACUCAAGAACAAGCGACUUCCGCCUUUCCUGGCCGAGAUUUGGGACGUUACUGGAUGUUAAUGCUGAGCCACCGCCACUUCCCGGGUGCCAUGUUACUGAGGUCGACUUACGAGUGCGAGAAGAAGGUUGUGAGUCAUCUGGGGGUGGUGGGUGGUCCCUACACUAUGUACCUGCAGGCUGUGAGUGAGAGACUGAUAAUGCUGUGGGAGCAACUUUAACACUGCCACCCAGGACCCACUUUCAGCCACCUGAUGUGUCUAUGUGCUAGGCCGCCAUUGUGACAGUGCCGUGCAGCCCGCCACCAGUGCAAUGUUGAGUGUAUAAUAAUGCGCCCAGUGUGUCCACGUAGCAACAUGAUAAGCAUUGUAGCCUUGCUUAUUAACACUCACUUUUUAUGAACCUUCUUAUUGCUCAGCUCAAAAGAUCACAGAAGGACACACACACACACACACACACAC